CUUGGGGGUGGGUACAAGAAAUGCUCGAGACCAGCUCUCACACACCACCGGAGCGGAUUCAUCGCGUCGAAACACUGAGACGACUUCUCAGCGGCUCGACCGGUGACGGGGGACACGCCGGGCGGAGACUCGAGCCGCAGGCCGGGUCCUUUGUACAUGAGCCCAGGCGCCAGAUCAGCAACGAGCACCGCAACGCCGAGCCGAAGAAACGCCGUAGCGCCCAAUCGACAAACACCACGACCAGAAACCAGACGCCGUAGCGCGACACCCAACGCAGACGAGGACACUGCCAAGCAGAAGGACACGGGAGUUUGGUAAACGACCCCCAUUCGUGCGACUGUCGGCGUGCUCGUCUCGAAGCGAACGGAGUAUGUGGACCCGGUCCGCCUCCUACAUCGAGUGUCGACCAUCCAGAGCUCAUGCGUCCUACACAACGAGGGCAGUGACUGGCCAUGAGAGGAGAAGGAGCCCAGAGAAGGAGGCGGAGGGGCCUGCUCGUCCAGCUAACAGAUCGGGAGCUUCUAAAGUCUCGCGAAGGAAAUGUCUCACUCCCGGUUCUGCAUUGGCGGGAGCGCGGAGAGUGCGGGACUUUGGUCGAGUCUCAGCACACGAGCGAUCAUGUUUAGUUCUCAGAAUGGAGACAAGAGCACAAGCGGGCCGGAACGCGCCAGGGCGUACAAAUACGCGAGACAGUCGCGGGAAAACGCGUCCGUGCGCGUCGGGUUGGGAGGGAGCAAUGCCAGCACGAAUCCGACAAUGUAUGCACUUGUGCGAGGAGAGAUGGGGUCGUAGAUACAGAUAGACGGCGGGGUGGAUCCAAUGAACAGGGCGGAUAUCUCAGCGCCGAGUUUCUCGC